UCUUGUUGGCUUUUAUGUAUUUAGUGUGGGGUGAGCCUGAACACAUAAUUAGAGUGGAAACCUUGAGUCUCUGGGAAGAAGGUGGUGUCCUGUGCUCCAGUGCAGACGUUCCUGUCCUGGACGAUGACACUCUGACUCAGUGGAAAAGAGUUUGUUGUUAAGCAUAACAGGAAGAUGUCCAGCAGUGCUGUGUGCUGGGAGGACACCUGCAGAGCUGCCGCAGGGGUGGAAGUGAGCCACAGGCUGUAUGGAUAGUGCUGAGAAAGCUGCACGACUGCACAAAGCUGACGCCAAACUAGGGCGCUAUUUUUGGUUUCCCUUCUGCUUUUCUGACACCUGUAGGUAAGCGUGAAGUGCACAACAGUCUUCUGCAGCACCUUACAGAGAGAAGGAACCACCACAGGGGAUGGAAUCGCAGAGAAGAAUUCUUACUUAGCAAUCAGCAUUAAUCAUGACCCAGGAACAUGAACUGUAAGUGCACUGGAGUUGCCAAGACAGGACCUGAUUGUGUGCCAGAGCUUGAGUGAAGGACGGACCAUCCUGUCAGGAGUCCUUGGGAGCAGCAGAGCUUUUCUGAGUCACUACUUUGAGUUUUUCUGCAUCUAAAAGGAGUAACAAUAUCAGAUCUAAGAAGGAAAUUUCAUUUUGCAGAGGUGUACCAAUCUGAUGCUUUCUGUCAUCUUUACCAGUUGAAUCUUCACAAGCGAUUCCUUUCCAAACUCACUUCAGGAACUGUUUCUUGGUCCUUGUACUGCAGAGAAAUAACUGCACUUUACAAGAGCUUAUCACCUAUUGAAAAGUAUGACUGAAUUCCUGGUCUGUUUUAAUUGGUGCAAUGGUGAACAGCCCCAGCCGAAGAGGCGUCAGAGGCUGGACCGGAACAUGAUAGGAGAACCAAUGAACUUUGUACACACUGCACACGUUGGGGCAAGAGAAAUGAGUGGCGACUAUUCAUCAGCUGUAUCAAUUCAGGACCACAUGAAAUCUAAAGGUGGUUAUGCAAAUGGAACUCCUGCAGCUGUUGAGAUAUAGGCAUCGGAGAAGGCUGAAAUCUGCGCUGUCUUACAAGGACCCCCUGGACUGUGCUUUCAUUUGCUCUGUAACCUCUUUAUCAUGUAUAGUAGAGAGAGCACCUGAAGUAUAAAUAGGUCAGUGCAAGCUUUGGUGUUUUUAGCACAAUAGAUACCGAAGGAGUUAUUGCAGAUUGUUCUUAAAGUGGUCUCCUAUGGUAGUGUUGUGGUAGCAACUGUAAUUUGUUCUGUGGAUGAUUUCCUAGCUGUGUCCCAAAAACCUCAGAAAGUUGUCUUGCAGGAUGGGAUUGGAAGUCAGUAGGAAUCAUCUGGGGAUUUGGUCUCUGUCAUUUUCUCCCCUCAAGAAAUGCAGAGAUUGAUUUAAUUGGAAUAUACUGAAUUACUAAGCAGGAUCUUGUAGCCUGUAAUAUAACUCUGGACCUGUUUUUUUACAUGGCUUUACAACAUAAUGCAUAAAUCUACUGAGCUGUACUUUGGUAUAUUUUUAAUGUCUUUUGAUGGUGAGUGAACUCUAACAUAAUACAGUUAGCUGAGUUUGCAAAGCCCAGAAGAACUUCUGCCUUGCUGUGAUAACACCUUUGUAGCUAAAAAUGGAGGCUUCGCAAACAUACCCACCCAGGAAUGAGGCUUAGAAAACCAAACAGUUCUUCCAAUUACUGAACUGCCUCCCUUCCUUACAUGCACUAGUAUCACUGACAGGUAUUACACAACAGAGUUAAUAAUCUGCACUGGUUAAUUUCAAGGAGGACUACAAUAUGCUCACAACCAUGUGUUAAUUUUGCAUGGCUGCUAUUGAAUGUUAAAGUACCAAGGAUUACUGUCUCUGUUACCUACCAGUAACAGUAACUACACAAGGCAUCAAGGGGUAUCUCACUUGUCUUUCUGGCUCCUUAAUUUUGAGACUGGUAUUGUUUUAUUUUGUGUGUUUUUCAGAUGAACUGAGUUUUUUAUUGCAUAUGGCCUAAAUAAAAAAUGUGGUUGAAGUGGUACAGCCAUGUAAAGGAUGUUGAGUAUUGUGAAAUGGUGUCCUGCAGAGUUCCAGCACUUCAUAAAUAUUUAAAUAGCCAUUGAUAUGUAGCCAUACCCACACUACAGUUUAAUACUUAGUUCUUAUUAAUCUUUCCAUUAAGCAAUAUGACAAAACUGGUGUAGUAUAGCUAGGCUUUUCUUUAAUCGCUGAUAACUGUUCCUCAGCUCGAAGUUGUGAAUGACUACCAGUGCAGAAAUUUAGGAAAUCUGCUUGCUCUCUCAGGAUUUAAACUGUUGCCAUAUCAGCCCCAGUUAUGCUGAAGUCAGUGGAACUCUAUUUCUUGCUCUGAGCAUAAGAUCGUUUUUUUUUUAAUGAUCAUUUUUCUGUUUGAAAGACUUCUAGCUGGAAAAAUCUUCUGAUUUCUACGAUUCUGUUUGUGGCUUGUGAUGCUUCUUAAAUCAUUGAUAUAGUGCCCCACUGCUGCACACCAAGAGAUAUCACUCUUACAGGUUUUAUACCCGAGCACAGGCUGUCCCUGCCUUCUAGGUGACAUUUAGCAUGACUUAGGAGGACAGUUGAGUAACAUAGGCUGUUACUAUAAACAUAGCAUAUGUUUAGCAUAUACUUAGUUUUGCUCAUUAGCAUAUUGAGAGGUGUCAGAUAUUAAAAGUGCAGUUCAUUAGGCAAAGGUGUGGGCACCCUAGCCCUCAAAAUCUGUUUUGAAAUUGGGUGUUGAUGUUGCUUAGUCAGUUUCAGCUAAAAACAGUUUGUCUUCAGAAGAUCCCUUCUUUCAGCUCUUUGGCAGGCCAGCUUUGUGGGUCCUGAAAUGUGCUAAAUCGACUUGCCUUCCUGUCCCACGCUAAGAUAGGCAGUAAUCCCACACUGCAAAACAAACUGCAAGAUAGUAUUUCCUAAAGACAUGCUCAGUAUGUUUAAGAUUAUUGGUGUAUGCGUAUGUACAGGUAGAGGAGUUGAUGAUCAUGUCAGUUCUUCUUUCUAAAAAUAACAGAUAAUUUUGUUAUUGAGCCUCUCUUUAUAGAAAAAAAAAACAAACAAACUUGUUUUCAUCAUGUAAACCAAUGCUACUGGGGGCAAAGCUAACCUGUUUUCAUCAAAUUAGACAGUAUUAUCUAGGAGCAUAAUCAAGUGCCACAUCAUUAAACGGAAAUGUUUAGCUAUUGCAUGAAGGGUGCCAUGACUUUUAAAAUCUAAACAAACAUUAAAAAGUAUGUCUUAGGGUGUAGGGGUUUUGUUGUUGUUGUCUAGAAACCUUAUCUACCUGUAAUCUGUCAUGUAACUGUCUAAACCUGCCCUGGUUAUAAUAAAUCAGUUGAACUAGG